GAGCGAGAGAGAGAGAGAGAGAAAAGCAAGCAGGCAGGCAGGCUGCCGCUAUCAGGGAAUACUGGUGCCAUUUUCAGCAUCACAGGGUAAAAGCAUUGAGCCUCGCCGCUGUACGCUCGGCUCAGCUCGCCUCUGCUCAGAACAGCUAUACAAGAGGGGGAUUGGAGGGACAACAAAAGGAGGAGAGAACGGCUGACCCCUAACACAGAACCCCUUAUCCCCCUUCCCCCUUUCCCGUCUCACCUCACCUCCCCCUCCCAGCUCUGGCUACAGACGGAGAGAGUUAUGCAGUCCUUCCGUGAGCGCAGCGGUGGUUACCACAGCAACCAACCCUGCUACCAGCAGGAGCCUCAUGAAUUAUCCCGCCUGGAGACCUACCGGCAACACCCGCAUCAUCCCCACCCUCAGCACCCUCACCCAGGCCCUGGUCCACAUCCAGGCCCAGGGCACACCAGGUCAGGCUAUGAGGCUCACUCACUGGCGAACCCCACGAGCAUGCCUUCAGCUGGAGGCCCGGGAGAUGGAGGAGGACCCAAGGACUGUUACAGCCAGCAAGCCUACCCUGGUUACCCAGGCAAUGGUGGAGGGAAUGGAAGUGGAAAUGGGGGCUCAGCACCCUCGCAGGCAAAGAAAUCCUUCAGAGGAAGCAAAGUGCCCCCUCCAAACCCAAGUCAGCACCUACAGGGCCCUGGGGGCUAUAGUAACCACAUGGGCCCUGGGAGUUACUCAGCCCAGUAUGUGAGCGAGGGCCACCUCCAGCAGAAAUGGGAAGACUCAGCCCAGUUAGCACAGUAUGACCAGGACAUGGUGGGGCGUAUGGAGGCUGGUGGUACCCCUGCAACUGGCUCCUCCCAGUACAUGGAUCAGAACAUGCUGGGCCUCUCUCAGACCCAGUGCCACCAACCCUCCACCCCUGUCUAUACCAGCCCCCACCAUCAGGCCCACCCCCCUAACCCUGCCCCCUCCCCUCUCAUGUACCCCCAGAGUCACCUUCACUACCCCCAGCACUCACCCUCUCCUUCGCCAUACAUGGAAAAGUGCAGCCCUAUGCCCCACUGUUAUAAAGGUUACAAUAUACCCCCCAAUUCCCAGUAUGGCAGACAAAUGAGCAGCCACAGCAAUCUGAAGCAGGGGGGUUACAGGUCGACUCAGAACAGUUACGGCUACCAGCAGCCUCCCACCAGAGGUUAUGAACAGCAGCUCCCUUUACAGGCCAUGACCAAUCCCCAGGAGCCCCACCCUAAAUACCAACACUACAGCCAACCCCAACAAAACUACUGUCUCUCAGAGCUGUCUGUCAGAUCACCAGAACAGUAUUAUCAGACUUGUAGCCCCUCCUCAAGCCACUCCCCUGCACGCUCUGUAGGACGCUCACCCUCGUACAGCUCAACCCCUUCACCACUAAUGACCAAUCCAGAGUCCUUCCAGUAUGGCCAACCUCCCAUGACCCCUGGGGCAGCAUCCUCCUCUUCAUCCUCUUCAGCUGGUAUGCAGGAGCAAGCCAGUACCAACACCAUGUUGAUGCCUCCACGCUCACACCCCUCACCCAACGUGCCCCAUGCAGCCACCCACAGCUACACUACUACACCGCAGGUCCCCACCAUGAAAGAACGCUUCUCAGAGAAGCUGUUGUCAAACCCCAGCUUGUGGAGCCUGAAUGCCCUUACCUCUCAGGUAGAGAACAUCUCUAAUAAUGUCCAGCAGCUGUUGCUUUCAGAGGCCCUGGUGGCCAACAAGAAAGGCAGUAAGCGCAGCAGUGGAGGGAGCAACAGCAGUGCUGGAAGUGGAGCAUCCGCCAAAAAGGGUGAGGAGUACAAAGGUCCUCCAUUUCCAGACGGUGGUGGUGGUAGUGUUGGUGGAGGCCCCAUGCAGGACCCUUACUCUACUCCACAGCACCAGCCAAUGCCCAUGGAACUACAUGAAGGAGGCUACUCCAGCAGUAGUGAUGAACAACUAGAGAGGGGUUACUACUACUGUGGCCAGGGCAGAAGUCCAGCACAGGCCCCAAAUAACACACAACUCAGCCUGGACACAGCCUCUUCAUGCUCAAUGACAUCUCCAGAUGAUAUGUCCACCAGGUCUGGAGACUCAGGUCUACACAACCUUACCCCUGACCCUACAAGAUGUCAGUCAGGGCAUGGAGGAGAUGGCAUGAGUACUCCAGUGAAGAGCAUUGGUGACGAGAGGUCUCCUAUCAGCAUUACAAUCCCAAGUCCAAUGAAACAAGAAAGGGACUCCCCUUCAGACAUACAGCAUAUCAAUGAGUCUGUCAAAGAGAACUUUGAAGAAUCAGCCUGGACAGAGAAAUCAGCUGACAAAGAGGAGGUGUCAACAGAUAACACUCCUGACCGUGAGAGAGAUUCAGACACAACUAAAUCUACAGAGAAUCUGGAGAAAUGGUCAGAUGAAGAGAAAUGCCCAGCUCUAUACAAUGAAGUUAACAAAGAGGUGACAGAAAAAAACUAUUGCUAUAAGGAGACAGUGUACCAAGGGCUCCACAGCAAAUAUGACCCUGAUGCAAGGGACUCAGUUGAACAGUCCCCAGCAGCUCUCUCUGACUCCAGCCACAAGGAACACUUUGGCCAAGAGAUUAAAUCAGAGGCGUUCAAAUCUGAGUCUCCGACUGCAUCUGAGAGCUCUGUGAAAACACUGCCUUUCAUUUCUAGGGGUGACCUUGAACAGGAUCAAUAUUCCAUAGAGAAGGAGGACAGCUCAGAGAACACCUCUCCAACCCCCCAAGUUGAGGCAUUGGACGAGAGCAACUCAGACAAGAGAGAGAGCAGAGAUGAGGAGGAUGAAGAGGAGGGGGAGGAGGAGGGGGGUGGACAGGAGGAGGCCGACCAAGAAGAAGAAGAAGAAGAAGAAGAAGAGGAAGAAGAGGAAGAAAUAAUAAUACAGAAACAACAACAACUUUCUCUUUCCCCUGCUCUGUCUGCAGAGGUUAGGGAGGAACUGGGGGAGGGCGAGAAAGUGUCAUUGACUGAGGAGCACAUGAAUAACAGAGAUGGGCAAGAGAAGCUUCCUGGAGAUCUCUGCAGCAGGACAGAGAGUCAGAGUACUGAGCUCCUUACUGACAAUGAGCUUACAGGGGCACCUGCCCAUCCAAAUGCAGCAGCAGCAACAGCAGCAGCAGAUGCUUCCACAAGGGAGUCCGCCAUUGGUGACACUGCUCCUCAGCCUCAGUCUGCUAUGCCAGUCUUCUCAGCUCUCAAUGACAAGACAACACCUCCAACACAGGCCAGGGAUCAUAUUGAUCACAGUGAUGCUAAAGUGCUGGAGCCAGACUCUCCUCAGCUGCCAGGGAAGUCAAUACCUCCCUCAGCCCCCUCCUGGGCAGACACUCCACCCUCCCCCAAAAAAGGUGAUGAGGACAUGGAGCCAGGCAUCAGCUGUGCCAGUGCUGUGACCCCCUUGGCCAAGCCAGAACCUGUGGCCCCAUCUGCUCAGCCGAGGGCAUUUGGACGUAAGCAUGCCAGGGGCAGAAGAAGAAUCAUGCAUUCAGGUGUGGGAAUCAGGCGACAGCUGUGCUUGGAGAUAGAGGGGGAAAAGGAACAGGAAGGGGCUCCCUCACCUACACAGAAACCCUGCAUGCCUCCGAGCAAAACUAUGCUAUUCUCAGAUCAAAUGGACCUAGCUCAUCAGGAAUCUAUUGUGAGCCAGACUCCCAAAAUGCUAACUGGCGGUUUUCGUUCGAGAAUGUGCACUCGUUCAUUCAACGCACCAGACUUGCCACCCAAAGUUGAGCCUCAUGUGAAGAGAAAACCAGGCCCAAAACCAGGUUCAAAGCCUUGCCUCAAACCAGGGCCAAAACCUGGACCAAAACCAGGACCCAAGCCAGGUCCAAAACCAGGGCAUAAACCUGGCCUAAAGCCUGGACCAAAGCCUGGGCCAAAACCUGGGCCUAAACCAGGACCAAAACCUGUGUCAAAUGAAUCAGAGCAGCCACUGAAAACUGAAACUCCUGUAAAACGAAAACCAGGACCCAAACCAGGUUCAAAACCUGGGGCAAAGCCUGGGCCAAAACCUGGACCAAAACCCGGUCCAAAACCAGCUCUAAAGCCAGGUCCAAAACCAGGACCUAAGCCUGGACCCAAGCCUGCAGAUGUUUUGCCCCCGGACAACCCUGCACCCAUCAAGGCCUCAGUGGGUCGCCCCAAAGGCUCAGUUUCUAAAGCAAAGCUGGUACAAGAAGAAACCAGUCAACCUUUGACAGGACUGCAAAGCAGGGUCAGGAAGAGUCAAAAAGCUAUAAUGUCACAAGUAAACCAGGAUGUAAAACCAGUAAACCAGGAAGAAAAACAAGCAAACCAUGAGGUUAAGGCACCAGAAAAGGAGGGUAAGAAUAUGGUCUUGAGAUCCAGAAAGCCCUCGCAAGAAAAACUGUCAAAAGAAAAAGAAAAAAUCAUAGGGGAAGAUAUUCUGCCCCAGACACUAACAGAAAUUAAAGCCAGUGUUGAUUCUCUAAAAGUAGAUGAGCCUGUUACUGUGGUACAAACUGCAGCUCCCAUCCUUAAUGCAGUCAAAAACACAGAAGUUCCAGCAGACCCACCUGCACCACUUUCCCCACCGAUCCCAACUGAACAAUCUGAAGAAAAGACAUCACUUUCAUUAAAACGGAAACUUAGCCCAGUGCUUUCUAUAACACCAGUAAAGAAAAAGAGGGGUCCAAAGCCCAAACCAAAACCCUUUCCACCUCAACCCCCUCUGCUGGAACAGGUUGUCUCUACACCUAAAGAGAAGGGUGUCCGGGGCCCCAAAAGAAAGCGUGGGCCACCCAAGAAAGCUUCUGUUGUCACUCCCCCACCAAAAGACACUCCUCCCAACAUCAGUGAAACUGACAUCACUACUGAUGUGCCUGUGGUGCCUCCACAAUGCCCCACUAAAACAAAAGUUCUCCCACCACGUAAAGGUAGAGGACAGAAAUAUGAGGCCAUGGUGCAGAAAAUAACAUCUCCUAGCUCGAAGAAACACCUCCCAAUUCUCCAGAUAGACAGCAGUCUAACUGAUGAUGUGACAGCCAAGGCUUUGCCUCAACAUGUCUCAAAGGAAGGUGAGACAUCUAUGAUCAUAAAUAGCACUGAGCUAUUAGAGGGAGAAGUGAAAAGCAUAGAGUCUAGACAAGAAGGAGUGAAACAACACGAAGGUGCAGCGAGAAAAAAGGAGCUGACACAAGAAAGAGAAAAGCAUGAGGUGAGUCAAGAGACAUCAACAUCAGAGGAGGGGAGACAAGGGGUGGAAGAAGAGGUUGUAAAUAAGCAAGAGACAAGGCAAGAAACCAUUAAACCAGGGACACAGCAGGUUGUCGGAACUGACAAGGUUUGGAGCUCAAUAGAGGCCCCAGUAGAUGUCAAGGCUCCAGGAGAGUGGACACAACAGGCCUCAGAAGGGGUGUCUUCUGCUGCCACUAAGUCCGCCAGAACUAAAAGGAAGAGAUGGGCCAUGGUGGAAAGCACAGAUGCCUCAGUAGUAGCAUUGGAAGCAGGGAGCCUAAUAGUUACAACACCAAGGCUAGCCAAGCAGAGGGCCAUUAAAAACAACCAUGAGAUGCACCUAAAACAGAGGAGAAAGAAGAGGAAAGGCCAAGCCCCUCUAGAACAUACAGAGACAGUCAAGGAGACAAAUAUUGAAACAGCAGAACAACAACAGGAGAGGGUAGAAGAGAAAGUAACCCCCACAGAGUCUACAGUACCUCUGCCAAUCAGCCCAGAUGAGAUCACAGAAGCCCCCCAUGUUACUAGCACAGAACUCAUUCAAAAACCUAGGAGAGGCAGAAAACCGUCCACAAAUCCAACUAAGAGAAAACGAGGCAAAGCCUCAUCAGAGCAGAUUCCUGGCAAGCCGAUGAAAAUCCACAAAAAGCCUGGGCCAAAACCUGGGAUGAAAGACGCCAUGGAGGUUAUUGAGGCAGUAAUAAGGGCUGCAGGAUGUGAACGGGCCAAAAAAGAGGAGAGAGAAAAAGAAGAACUGGAAAGAAGGGAAAGAGAAAAGAAGGAAAACCCAGAGACAUGUAUUGUGGGUCCUGUAGUAUCGGUAUCAGAAAAACAGACAGAGAUCAUUUCUGUGAAAAGAAUUAGGCGCAAACCAGUCCAUCAAAAUUCUAAACUGUCUUUCUGUCCUUAUGUACGGAUUAACAACUCCAGAGACUUUUCCUCUUGGUGUGCCAUAGUCAACAAGCCUGAGGAUGCAGUAAUAUUUCAGAGACGUAGAAAAAAGGGCAUACUCAGAAUGAGGAAUCCUUUCACAGUUGCAAAGGUAGUGCCACACACUGCUGCCAUGUUACAGGGACCCUUGGUAAACAGAAAUCUAAUUGACAGGUGUCUAACAUGUUGCCUGUGUGGAAAGCCAGCAAAUUACAGAGAUCUGGGUGAUUUGUGCGGACCCUACUACACAGAGGAUGGCGUUCCACGGAAAAUGUUGACGAUCGGGCACACAGAAUUCCUCAGGGAAGAGUCACAGAAAACCAAUGACAACAACAGUAGCAGCAGCGAAGAACCAAGCAACUCCUCAAAGAACGAGGGCGAGGGCAGCACAGAAAAGGAGAGCAAUACAGAGGCAUCCACUCAAGAGGGCAGUAGUAGCAGGCACCAUCAUUGGCGCUACCGGCGGGCAGAAAGAACAGAGAGAAUGGGUCAGGACAGUGGUCCACGAAGAUUAACUCUCCGAGAGAGGUUCAGGAGGAUGAAGCAACUCCAGGCCAUCAGCAUAGGGGCCUCAAGUGACCAAGAGGGUGGUGACAGCAUGUUCCAAAGGCUACAAGUGGAGGCUGAGGCUAAGGAGCACUGGGCCCAUGAAAACUGUGCCAUCUGGACCAAAGGGGUAAUUAUGGUAGCUGGGAGACUAUACGGACUGAGGGAGGCUGCCAGCAACUCAGCCCAAACGAGCUGCUACAAGUGCCAGAUUGUUGGGGCGUCCCUCAGUUGCUGUUGGAGAAGCUGCUCUCAUAAAUACCACUAUGUCUGCGCCAAAGAGAUAGGCUGCACAUUCCACGAGGAUGACUUCUCCAUCAAAUGUCCUAAACAUGAGGACCUGUAAGAUAUUUCAGUUCACCACCUCCACCACCAACACCACUUCUCAGCCAGGCAAGCAUUGACUAUCCAGCAAGGCAAACAAAGAAGCUGUCCUAACAGCCACCUAUAACCUAAAAAACACGGUGAUGACUGAAGACGGACAGGCACAUCGGCCAGUGGGGAAGGGUAAAAAUGCUGCGCUGAGGUGGUGCUAGGAGCAAUACAAGCCCUGGAGAAUGGCUCCGCUGAGAAUAGCUGCUCCCUGAACCCAACCUGGAAAUGUGUUUUUCCAACUGAGCCCCUUACUGGAAGGCAGAAGGCAGCGGCACUGUUUAACAAGAAGAUAGACUUCGCUUUAGAGACUGUGUGCCUAGAGCCCAGUACACAGGGGGGCUGUUUGAAAUGCAGAGCGAGGAAUGUGUGUGUGUUCUGCCUUCGGAUGGGUUGCUAUCAUAGUCAGACACAUGGUGGACACUGAUUGGACAGGAGCAUCCCUCUGGCCACCUUGUCUGUGGGCCAAGAGGUGUGUAUGGGCGUGUGUGUGUGUGUGUGUGUGUGUGUGUUUGCGUGUGUGAUAAUAACAUUGUCAUUCUACAGACACAUCAACAGUGUGUUUGUGCAUUAUUUGUCUGUGUGAGUGAAGAAGUUUGUCUCCAAUUCAAGAUGUCAUUGCAUCAUAAAAGCAGCAUCCACCAUCUGGAUGUACUAUCUCAAUGUGUGCGUUUGUGUUUAAAACAAGAGACAAAAAUGAAACAAAAAAGGAAACUGUACAUGAUGUGCUUUACAGGUUCUAGAUAUUCUGAUAUUGAAGAGUAAAGAAAAAAAUGGACGCAGUAUUUUAAUAUAAUGCUCUUAUCUUUGGAGAUGUAUUUUGAUGUGCAUUAUGACUAUACAACAUCAUUGCGUCAUCCUUGGUAAAUGUCAGGCUUUGUUGUAAUUCAGAAAUUAAAAAAGAAAAAAAAAGAUACCUCUUUUUAAGAGUGUUACUUCAACUGUGUGCACAUUCAAUAUGUACAGUAGACGCUGCCAUCAUCACUAGACAGGUUGCAGAUCAGGGCUCCAAGGGUCCAACCGGGAGUCAGGUCAUCUCACUUCAUAUCUGUGUACAGUUCAGAAGUAUUACUGUUAAACAUUGACAUAAUGUAUGAUUAUUUCACCUACCACAGCAACGCAGAAAGAUGUACAUUUAAUUCAGAUUUUAUAACACACCUGUCUGUUCGUGUACCUCAAAUGUAGCCUCUUUCACUCUUCCAUGCUAUGUAAUAAUGCCCUGUACAGGGUGUCAGUUUAAGUACUGGUCAUAUCAAAAGGAGACAUAUUUAAGUAUUAGAGCAUAAAAUAAAGUGCAAAAAUGCCACACCAAACAUUCUCUUUUAUGAAGCUCAUUAUUUAAUGGUGUAUAUAAGUAUUUGAUGCUGUUUAAAUGUAAGAUGUGAUGUACUAAUAUAAUUGUGUAUAGUAUUUCCUAGAGAUGUUUAUUUUCUAUAAAAUGGAAUAUGUUAUUGCUUAUAAAAUGUUAUUAAAAGAAUCCAUUGAUGAAAAAAAUGACCUUUUUUGGGAAUGUCACUUGUUAUAAGUUGGAGCAUGCCGUUUUAUUGAUUUUCAUGUCUUUGUUUGGAAUCGAUGACACAGCAUCACUUUGUUUGAAAUGUUUUUUGUAACGCCAAUGUUAAAUAUACCAGCACCUUCCAAUGCUGCUAUGACCAA